UAUUGAGAAAAGCGCUCUUCCCUUGUUCACAUCACGGGCCAUAGACCAGUGUCCCGCAGUUCAGCAUAAUCGAAUCCGCCCAAUGUUGCUCUCAAUCGGCUCACGGCCUUUUGCCCCAUUGAACCGCGCGCAUUGUUUUUGUGACGUGAUCACAUCAGUCGUCUAUAGGUCCGUCGAAGAAAGUUUCUGGUUAGAAAUGUGGCUUGAUUAGUAUAUUUCCAAGAUAUAGCUAGGCGACGUACAUUAAUUCCCUUGAUCGCGGGUGAUCAACUUCGAAGAAAGAAAACACUUUGGAAUGUAUCGUCAGCAUGCAAAGGUAGGUGCUAAUGGUCACAGGAGACAGAAGCUGCUGGAAGUCGCAUCAUCUUAAACAAAGGAAAGUCUUUGACCCCAGGUGUGAAGCAGCUAGCUGACCUAGCUGAACACUAGGUGGGCCUACGUUUUGGGGAAAAUGCUCUCCAGUGUUGAGGUGCCCCCAAACCGCCCUGUUGCCAGCAACCACCACAACAGUCCCGGAAACUCAGGUUCCCAGUAUGCCUUGUGUGCCCUGGGGGUGGGACUGGUGGCCCUGGGCAUUGUCAUGAUCGUAUGGAGUGUGGUGCCCUCCGACAUGGCCGGGAACAACAGCAGUGGCACCGGAGGAGGGAACCCGAAACCGGACACUAGGGGGAGGACUUCAUCGGUGGCCUUUGUACUGGUCGGGGCUGGAGUGGCCAUGCUCCUGCUGUCCCUGUGCCUGGGGAUGAGGAACAAGCAGCGGGAGCAGCAGGUGCUGCUAGAGGCCCAGACUCUGGGGGCAGGCAACGUAGCUACCAGUGAGGACGACGGAGAGACGGCAGAGGAGCGAGCCCAGAGGUACACUGUGCCCAGCUACGAGGAGGUGGUAGGCAGCGGCGAGUACCCCAUACGCCAGAGCAACUUGCGCCACAGCUCCUCCCAGCUGCCCUCCUACGACGACCUGGUGGACGGUGUGCAGAUGGAGCUGGAAGGGUCAGAUGUCACCCAGACGUCACCCGCUUCCGCUAACCCUGCCUCCUCUGCUGUGCCUAACCGCCGCACUGGGCGAACGGGCCUCAAGCUCCUUCCCCUUAAGAUCCGGAGGAUUAAAUCGGAGAAGCUCUUUAUGAAUAACACGGAUAACUCUCAGCCACCGGGAGGGAUCACUAUUGAGCCGCUCACUCCGCCACCAAUGUAUGAGGACAAAGCACCCCAGCUCUGAGACUUGGCACCUUCUAGGUUUCAAAGCAGGUUACUGAGGCUGCUGUGUCCCACUAGGCGUGAAUUGGUUGUGCAGUGCUACUAUAGAUGUGAUCAGAUGGCCCUUGUCAUGCAUCUGUGGUUAAAUCAUCUCGAUGGCACUUGUCAUGCCUACCUGGCUGAGGACUGUUCUUUAGACCUGCAACUCAAGCGCAGUGAGUACUGUUCCAUACGUGGGGCACUGGCAUUUGAGUAGAUCUUUGGGGCAACUCUAAUGUUGCUGGACAGAGGGAACACCUGGACAGAGAGUACACAUCCAAUUUCCGACUAUGAUUACAAGGACAUUGAAGCUUUGUUCAAAGGAUCAAUAUUAUUGGGGGAAAUUCUCGGCAUGUCUUUGAUGCCUUUUUAUUCCUUUACAACGAGUACUUACACUGGUCCAAAUCUUCUUUGUAUGCAGUUGACCAUAUUUUAUUUUCCUCUGUCUGCUAUAUUAUUUCAAGUUCCGUCUUCAUCCUCAGUCUAGUCGUGUUAUAGAUGUAUUAUUCAUGUCUGAGUUUUGUAUUCUGUACAGCUACUUAGACAGCUGCUCAUCACAUUUUGGGAGAAGUGCUAUUUGGCGACUGACUCAAUGGCCACCUUACUCAGACAGUGUUUGUGUGUUGCUGCCUGUGUUGCUCGUCAAUAGACAAUUGAGAGAGACCGAGGCUCAUGGGUAGUUAGAAGCCUUUGCCCUGUAGCCAUGGUGAAAUGGGGUUGGGCUCUGAAGGCAGUAGUGUAGUCCAGCUCUUUUCCUUUCCUUUUUUUCUUUUCUUUUUUUUUGCUCAAUAGAGGAGAACACAAGGGGGACUUUCUCUGAGCAGCUGGGAGCUGGGAUAAUGGCACCCAUUGCUCACUCACUCAUCACUCUUGAACUAUUCUUCACUAGCUCCUUGACUGGCAGCACUUUCAUUAGGAGUAUUCAGAGAAUGAACUUCUGGUGUCCAUGGUUUGACCCCAUUUUUGUUUAGUGGAGCGAAAAUACAUCAGUACCUUUUAUCUCUCUAGCCUGUUUGUUUUAUGCUUAUGAGAGUAUGGAAAUUAGCGAGUCCAUGAAGUGUUUGGAAGUUAAGAAUGUUAUUUUCUUAUCAUGCGAUACUAUUUUCUGAUGUCAUGUUGAUGAACCUGUUCAACAACUAUUCACUACUUUUUAGAUGGGAACACAAACUGUACACAACAGUAGCCUUUUUUGUGUAACUGAACACUUAAUAAACUAGCAAAUGCAUACCUAUGCACACAGAACAAGAAUAGGCUUUUUUAAUUAGAAUUGAAUUGCUGAAUUAAUAUGCUAAACAAAAA